AUGGAGGACGACGACGACGCUUUCUUGUACGGCGACGAGCCAGCCGUCGCCCCUACCGCUUCUCGAUCAGACGAUGCAGCCAACGGGGCAACGCCGACUACUCCGGCGCAUGCCAAGACAGAAAACGCUGAUGCUACUGGAACAGUAACAAUAAACAACGCGAAGGAUGCCGGACAAGGAGAUGAUGGUGAGGAGGACGACGACGAGGAAGGAGACGACGACGACAAUGACGAUGACAGCGACUCGGACAUCGAGUUCAUCAUAGAUGCAACACAGGAAGCACAACAACCUGUGCGCCCAGGCUUCCAACGGCCAGGUGCUCCUGGCGCUCGACCUCUGCCAUCGCAAAGCACGCCUCAGCGCCCUCAAUCGACGCUCACUUCCGAAUACACUCCCCUCUCGCGAUCGCAGCUGCUGGCUUCCGCCAGCCCAGCCUCUGCCGUGGCAGCCACUCCGUCGUCAUUAGCUCCACAGCCUCCCGGUGCACCUCCCGUCAAGCCAGCCACUGCGCUCGAUGGCACCGGUCCCGAAGGCGCACCUCCUGCCGUCCCCUCCACGGCACCGCGACUGAACCUUUCACCGGGACCCGAGGACCGCGCCUACCCCAAACCCGAAGAUGCCGUCGAGGAAGAAGAGAGUUCGUCCCAAGACAUCUUCGACAUUGAUCUUGAAAAUCUCGCCGAGAAACCGUGGAGACGCUACGGCGCCGACCUCACCGACUACUUCAACUACGGCUUCAACGAAGAGUCGUGGGGUCUCUGGCGCGGGAAAAAGGAGCGCAUGACCGAGGCGAGGAAGAACACCGAGAAUGCCCUCUUUGGCGGUGGGGGUAAUGGCGAUAUGAUGCCCAACAUGCAGCAGAUGAUGGCCAUGAUGCCUCCGCCCCAGGCGAUGCAAGCCAUGAUGGCGCAGAACGGCGGUUCGAGUGGCGCGGGGCCGAUGGGUAUGCCUCCCAUGCCACCCGAUCAGAUGAUGGCCAUGAUGGCCAGUAUGUCGGGUAUGCCCGGUAUGCCUCCCAUGUCUGGCAUGAACAACAUGCCGCCCAUGGGUGGUAUUGCAAGGGGUGGCAUGAACAGCAUGAUGAUGCCUGGCAUGUUUGGAGGUCAGCAAUCCAAUGGCGGCGCCAGGGAGCAACACAACAACCAUCACCAACAACAGCACCAGCACCCACAGCACCUACAGCAACAGCAGCGUUUCAGUAACUCGCCCUUCCCGCAAGGACAAGGUCAACACGACGGACACCACUCGCCCUACCCACCUCCCCACGAUCGAGACGACAGGCCCAACGACCAGCAAGCCGACCAGCAGAAUGCUGCACACGGCUGGGACACGCCACCUGCCGGAAUUAAACAAGAGAACACUGACGACGCCCCAGGCGCUGGACUUGGGCCUCCUUCUUCGAUGGGCGGCGCACCACACAUGAAGCCCAUGUCGGAAGCCGACAUGUCUCUCUUCUUUGGCGCUUCCGGUAUCGACCCGUCCCAAGCAGCGGCUGCGGGCUUCCCGGUAUCGAAUUCGAACGACAUCCCCAAAGCGCCUACGGCUCCCGCACCCAAGCCAGCACCGCCAAAAUCGGCCCCUUCCGGACCCGCAGCCGCCACGAAAGGCACUUCGAUCCGAGGCCGCGCCGCUGCGGUUGCAGGCAGUUCGACCAACUCACGCGGUGGUCGUGCUGUGUCGCCCACUCUGCCGCCUAAUGUUCCCUCUGGGCCCAAGAACCCAGGCAAGCGGUACAACGAUCGGGAUACGGGAGCGGGUGCAGCUGAUCUUCUCGACUACGGCGCCACCAGCGGCGGCGGUGGUGGAGGAGGAGGAGCUGAUGACGAUCGCGGACACGCCGAUGGCUGGGAUUCUCGAGACCGUAGUCCCGACCGAGGGCAUCGACGCGGCGGUGGAGGUACGUCAGGUCGAAGUCGACGCGAAGGCACGCAUGACCAGCACGAAACGGCCAGCGCCAACGGACGCGACCACGAUGACGGCUACACCUCGCGCCGCGGCGCCACCUCGUCCUCUCGAUCCUCCAAACGUGCUACCGAUGACCGGGACGACGAGACCGCAUCGCAGUCCUCUGCCGGGGGACGCCGUCGUCGCACCACGACUGGGAAUACCUCUUCGCAUCGUGAACGUGAAUCGUCUUCCUCACAUCGCGAUCGUGACCGCAGCGAGCGGGAACGUGAACGCGAGAGGGAGAAGGAACGCGAACGCGAGGCGAGAAGUCAGGCGAGAUCUGAACGUAGGGCAGGGAGAGAUGUCGACGAGCCGGCUAUCCCCACUGGGCCUUCUGCGGGCAGUGGCCGCGCGAGUCGGAAACGCGCGGCGCCGGAAGAUCGAGAUGCCGAAGAGGAUGCGCCGAGCAAGAGCAGCUCGAGCAGUCGAAAGGGUGCUGGGGGCUCACGGAAGAAGCGCUGA